AUGUUCAUGGUUGGAAGAAUUUGUGGUAUUGAGAGUGCUAAUGUUGCAAUGGGGUUGCGUAUGGUGCAGAAGCGUGGUAUAGUUGAUAUGAGACCUAAGAAAAAGUCUGUUAUAGAUGUUGAUUUUGAAGGCAGCAGGGAGAAUAUUAAGACCAUUAAUGCCAACUUUGUGCCUCAGUUUCAAAGGUCUGCAGUUUACGAUCCAUUCGAUUUCUCGCUGUCAAGGCUAAACCUGGAUAGGAAGAUGAACCGUCCCAAGAUUCAGCAUCAUGACUUGUUUGAGAAGUACGGGUUAAAUCCAUUGAACUUUUAUGCACGUCCCGAGAUUUUAUCAUACUAUGUCGGUUCUACAGGUAAAAUAUUGCACAGAGAUGUCACUGGUCUAUCAGCGAAGAACCAGCGUCGUAUGGCAAAGGCCAUUAGAAGAUGUCAAGCCAUUGGUCUGAUGUCUAAGACUCACAGGUUUACAAACUUUUUGGAGUGA